AUCAAGUCCAAACUGGUUUUAAUGAAAGUAAAAUUCAGCAGCUUUGUUUUGUGAAGAGAGGAACAUAAAGCACAUCAAGGAGAGGAACAUGAGAUCCAGCUGUGACCUGUAGGUGACAUGAGCUCCAAAAUGAGUUCCUCUGGAGAAGAACAGCACACAGAGAAAGACCUGAGUGUGACUCAGGGAGACAGUUCAGACUCACCAGAACCCAGCUAUGUGUCUAUGAGGAGUGACCAGUCAGUGGACGCUCCAUAUAACUUCAGAGAGGAAGAAAGAUCUCCUGCUGAGAGUAUCCAAAAGGACAAAAUGACUAAAAUAAAUGAUCUGGAGUCUAUAUUUAAGGAUGUGGAGCACAAAAUAAUCUCUCUGGUGAAAAAAGAGCUGAAGAGGUUCAAGAAACUGCUGAGUGCAGAUUACCCAGCAUGCUCUGAGAGAGAGGUGGACGAUGAAGAGGAUCAGCGCAGUUCCAGAGAGGGGGCGCUGAAGAUCACACUGAACAUGCUGAGGAACAUGAAGCAGACAGACCUCGCUAACACACUACAGAGCAAGUUGGUCUUUAUGUAUCAUGAAGAACUAAAAUCCAAACUCAUGGAGAAAUGUAACAAAAUUAAUGAAGGAAUUUCGCAGCAUGGAGCACUAAUCCUUCUGAAGGAAAUAUAUACCAAGCUCUACAUCACAGAGGGAGAGAGUGGAGAGAUCAAUAAUGAACAUGAGGUCAGACAGAUUGAGACAGCAUCCAGGAGACCAGCAACACAGGAGAAACCCAUCAAAUGCAAUGACCUCUUUAAAGACAAAUCCAUCAGAACUGUGCUGACUAAAGGAGUCGCUGGAAUUGGAAAAACUGUCUCUGUGCAGAAGUUUAUUCUGGACUGGGCUGAAGGAAAAGCAAAUCAGGACGUCCACUUCAUAUUUCCACUUCCUUUUAGGGAGCUGAACUUGAUGAAGGAGAAGAAGCUCAGUCUGAUGGAGCUUCUUCAUCAAUUUUUCCCUGAAAUAAAACAAAUAGAAUCAAUAGACAGUAAUGCCCAUAGAGUCAUGUUCAUCUUUGAUGGUCUGGAUGAGUGUCGACUUCCUCUAGAUUUCCAGAACAAUGAGAGCUUGUGGGAUGUAACACAUUCAGCCUCAGUGGAUGUGCUGCUGACAAACCUCAUCAAGGGGAAUCUGCUUUCCUCUGCUCUCCUCUGGAUAACCUCUCGACCAGUAGCAGCCCAUCAGAUCCCUCGUGGGUGUGUUGACCUGGUAACAGAGGUACGAGGGUUCAGUGACCCUCAGAAAGAGGAGUACUUCAGGAAGAGAAUCAGUGACCAGAGCCUGGCCAAUAAAAUCAUCUCACACAUGAAGUCCUCAAGAAGCCUCUACAUCAUGUGCCACAUCCCAGUCUUCUGUUGGAUUGCAGCCACUGUUCUAGAGAGAGUGUUGGGUGAAGCAGAGAGUGGAGAGAUCCCCAAGACUCUGACUCAAAUGUUCUCACACUUCCUGAUCUUUCAGAUCAAACACAAGGACCAAAAGUACCAUGGAAAAUGUGACACUGAUCCUCGGCAGACUAGAGAGAGGAUUCUGGCACUGGGAAAACUGGCUUUCCAACAGCUGGAGAAAGGCAAUCUGAUCUUCUAUGAGGAAGACCUGAGAGAGUGUGGCAUUGAUGUCAGAGAAGUGUCAGUGUACUCAGGAGUUUGUACCCAGAUUUUCAGAGAGGAAUUUUGGAUGUACCUGGGGAAGGUGUUCAGCUUUGUGCACCUGAGUGUUCAGGAGUUUCUGGCUGCCUUUUACGCAUUUCUCUCCUUCAUUGGGAGAGAUGAAACAAAUCAGCUGACCACUGACCUCUCUGGUAUUUUCAAAGAGUCCAACUUGUCAGAAUUCCUCAAGUGUGCAGUGGACAAGGCCUUACAGAGUGAGAAUGGACACCUGGACCUUUUCCUCCGCUUCCUUCUGGGUCUCUCACUGGAGUCCAAUCAGACUCUCUUACGAGGCCUACUGACCCAGACAGGAAGCAGCUCUCACAGCAAAGAGGAAACAGUCCAGUACAUCAAGGAGAAGAUCAGGGAGAAUCCUUCUCCAGAGAAAUCCAUCAAUCUGUUCCACUGUCUGAAUGAACUGAAUGAUCAUUCUCUACUGCAAGAAGUCCAAACAUACCUGAGUAAGAAAGAUUACAGUCGUCUCCGUGGACUCAGUCUGUCUCCUGCCCAGUGGUCAGCUUUGGUGUUUGUGUUGCUGAGCUCAGAAGAAAACCUGGACGAUUUUGACUUGCGUAAAUAUGACAGAUCUGAGGAAUGUCUUUUAAGAUUACUGCCAGUCAUCAAAGCAUCCAGAAGAGCUAUAUUGUGUAAUUGUAAUCUCACAGAGAGAAGCUGUGCAGCUCUGUCCUCAGCUAUCACCUCAAAUUCCUGUCUAAAAGAAUUAAACCUCACUAAUAAUGACCUGCUGCAGGAUUCAGGGGUGGAGCUGCUCUCUGCUGGAUUGAAGAGUCCUCACUGUAAACUGGAGAGACUGAAGCUGUGUGACUGUAAUCUCACAGAGAAAAGCUGUGCAGCUCUGGCCUCAGCUCUCAGCUCAAAAUAUUCAAGUCUGAGAGAACUGAACCUGAGUUACAAUGAACUGCUGCAGGAUUCAGGAGUGAAGCUGCUCUCUGCUGGACUGGAGAAUCCACACUGUCAGCUAGAGAUAUUGGGGCUGUCUAACUGCAGUAUUACAGAUGAAGGCUUUGCUGUUCUGGCUUCAGCUCUAAAAUCAAACCCCUCCUCUUGCCUGAGAGAGCUGAACCUGUACAAUAAUAAACCAGGAGAGUCAGGAGUGAAGCUGCUCUCUGAUCUACUGGAGGAUCCACACUGUAAACUGGAGAAACUAUAG